CUUGUACUAUUUAUUAAUGGGUGCGGAGGUGAGUGAUUACCCAGUGGGCUGGGUUGCACAUGCCUGGCUGGGGAAGAGGAAAUGCUUCCUCUUAAGAGUAAAUUGACUUGGUAGGCAGACCCUUAAGACCUUGUUUGGUAUGUUCAAGUCCGCAAGUGUCCUGUUGUUUUGAACCCUGAGCAUCCUGUUAUCCCAUACACUCUGAUUUGAACAGUCCUGCUGCUCUCUAUUCCAGCCUGCCUCAGGGACUCAAUGGCAGCUCCCGCGCGACCCCUGGCGGCCUCGACCCGUCGCUGCCACCACGGCUCCCACAAUGCUCACGUAGCCCCUUUCGGAGCCCGUGUCCGCAGCGGCUCCAAGAUGGCGCAGACUAUCUUCGAGGCCCUGGAGGGGAUGGACAAUCAGACCGUCCUGGCUGUCCAGUCACUGUUGGAUGGCCAAGGAGCAGUCCCUGAUCCGACAGGCCAGAGUGUCAGCGCACCCCCUGCUAUCCAGCCACUGGAUGACGAGGAUGUCUUUCUCUGUGGCAAGUGUAAGAAGCAGUUCAACUCACUGCCAGUAUUUAUGACCCACAAGCGGGAGCAGUGCCAGGGAAAUGCCCUGCCCCUGGCCACAGUCUCACUGGCCACCAACAGCAUCUACACGCCUUCUGCAGCACCCACAGCCGUCCAGCAGGCCCCGCCUCCUGCCAAUCGCCAGAUCUCCACGUACAUCACAGUGCCCCCAUCCCCACUGAUCCAGACUCUGGUGCAGGGGAACAUCUUGGUGAGCGAUGACGUGCUCUUGUCUGCCAUGUCAGCUUUCACCUCUCUGGACCAGCCCAUGCCCCAGGGCCCCCCACCUGUGCAGAGUAGCCUGAACAUGCAUUCUGCGCCUGGCUACCUCACCCAGCCUCCGCCUGCUCCCCCACCCCCUCCACCACUACCCCCACCCCCACCCCCCCAACCCCCGCCACCUCCACCCCAGAGCCUGGGCCCCCCUGGGCGUCCCAACCCUGGUGGGAAUGGCGUGGUGGAGGUGUACAGUGCCGCGGCACCCUUGGCUGGGAGUGGAACGGUGGAGAUCCAGGCAUUGGGAAUGCAGCCCUACCCACCCCUGGAGGUGCCAAACCAGUGUGUGGAGGCUCCAGUAUACCCCACCCCUCCGGUGUACAGCCCUGGCAAACAAGGAUUCAAACCGAAAGGACCAAACCCUGCUCCCCCCAUGACCAGUGCCACUGCGGGCACGGUGGCCACCUUUGACUCCCCACCAACACUGAAGACCCGACGGGCCAAAGGUGCCAGUGGACUCCCAGAAGCUGCAGGGAAGCCAAAGGCUCAGAAACUCAAGUGCUCAUACUGUGACAAGUCAUUCACUAAGAACUUUGACCUGCAGCAGCAUAUCCGAAGCCACACUGGGGAGAAGCCCUUCCAGUGCAUCGCGUGUGGCCGUGCCUUUGCCCAGAAGUCUAAUGUCAAGAAACACAUGCAGACUCACAAGGUGUGGCCUCCAGGGCGCAGUGGGGGCACCAUCUCUCGAAACUCCGUAACUGUACAGGUCAUGGCCCUCAACCCCAGCAGGCAGGAGGACGAGGAAAACGCAGGGUUAGGCCAGACCCUGUCAAGUGCCCCACAGCCCCAGACCUUGCCCACAGCAGGUGAGGAUCAUGGAGACAAGCUGGAGGCCAAGCAGGUGGUCCUUAUCGAUAGCUCCUACCUGUGCCAGUUCUGCCCCAGCAAGUUCAGCACCUACUUCCAGCUCAAGUCCCACAUGACCCAACAUAAGAACGAGCAGGUGUACAAGUGCGUGGUCAAAAGCUGCGCCCAGACGUUCCCGAAGCUCGACGCCUUUCUGGAGCACAUCAAGAGCCACCAGGAGGAGCUGAGCUACCGCUGCCACCUGUGCGGCAAGGACUUGCCGUCGCUGUACGACCUGGGGGUGCACCAGUACUCCCACAGCCUCCUGCCCCAGCACAGCCCCAAGAAGGAUGGCGCCGUCUACAAGUGUGUCAAGUGUGUCAACAAAUACUCCACCCCCGAGGCGCUGGAGCACCAUCUGCAGACUGCCACUCACAACUUCCCCUGCCCGCACUGCCAAAAGGUGUUUCCUUGUGAACGCUACCUGCGGCGUCACCUGCCCACCCACGGCAGUGGGGGGAGGUUCAAGUGCCAGGUGUGCAAGAAGUUCUUCCGGCGGGAACAUUACCUCAAACUGCACGCUCACAUCCAUUCAGGUGAGAAGCCCUACAAAUGCUCAGUGUGCGAGUCAGCAUUCAACCGCAAGGACAAACUGAAGAGACACAUGUUGAUCCAUGAGCCAUUCAAGAAAUACAAAUGCCCCUUCUCGGCACACACAGGCUGCAGCAAGGAGUUCAACCGGCCGGACAAGCUGAAGGCUCAUAUCCUCUCCCAUUCUGGUAUGAAGCUCCACAAGUGUGGCCUGUGCAGCAAGUCCUUCAGCCGCCGCGCACACCUUGCCGAGCAUCAGCGCGCCCAUACGGGCAACUACAAAUUCCGCUGUGCAGGCUGUGCCAAGGGCUUUUCCCGGCAUAAGUACCUCAAGGAUCAUCACUGCCGCCUCAGCCCCCAAAAGGAUAAGGACCUGCAAGCCCGGCGGCCUCCCCGGAAGAGGGCAGCCCCACGCAGCAGCAGUGGUGGGCACAAGGUGGGGACUGCCUUGCCUGACCCGCUGGGGCUGGAGGAGCUGAAGGACACAGGGCCUGGGCCGGGGCCCGGGGCCACCCCAGGCAAGCCGCCCUUCUCAGAGCCAGAUGCUGUGCUGUCGAUCGUAGUGGGGGGCACUGUGGGUGGGGAGCCUGAGCUGGUGGUGCCUGCGCAUGCCGAGGGGCUGGGCUCCAACCUGGCACUGGCAGAGCUGCAGGCGGGGGCUGAGGGCCCGUGUGCCAUGCUUGCUGUGCCUGUCUACAUCCAGGCCUCGGAGUGAGGGACUUUUGGUGUUUUCUCCCACAGCCUGGCCUGAUGCUCGCCUUUGGGUCUGGGGCCUCUGGGGCCGGACUGGAGAUCCUUCCCAAUGGAAGUGAGCCAUUGGCUGAACUCCUUUUAUAAUGUCAUUUAUAAACCCCUGCCCUUGGCUACCCUGCUGUGUCCCCUAUCCUGCUGGAAAGCCCUGGAGCAUUCUGGAAUUUGAGGCAAGGCUGCCUAUGGCUUCCAGGUGGAGGUAAUGGCAAGAGAGACGGCUGAGCCUGAGCAGCCCAGAGUCUGGCUAGUCCGGGCUGGUGAUUGGGCUAAGAGAGGACAGGGUGGUCUGCCCACCUCUUCUAUUGGCUGCCCUGGAGUGGCCUCUAGUCAAGCUGCUUUCUGGGAGGCCUGACAUGGUCAGAGCCCUUCCUUCUCUACUGGACCUUUUCACAUACAGCUCCUCGCAGCGUCCCCAAUAACUCCGUGAUGGAGGUGUUUAGGAGGCACUCAACUGUGGUUAGAGUGCAGCUGUCAGCCAGAUCUGGCUUGAAGUCCAAGCACUGCCACUCACUUGCUGUGGGACCUUGGGUAAGUCACUUCAGCUCUCUGAGCCCUGUGUUUCUCAUCUGUACAAUGGGACUUAUAUGACAGUUCCACCUCAUAGGGCUGUCAUGGGGAUCCACUAUGAUGAAAUGUGCAAAGGACUGGGCAUAGUGCUCUGCACUUAGAAAGUGCUCAAUAAAUGUUUUUAUCAAA